CGGCCCCAGGCCUCCGUGCGCGUCCCUUCACGGGGCGGCCGGCGGGGCCCGGGCUGCUUGGCGGCGCCGAGCCGCGGGGAGCCCUGAGGAGCUCCGAUGAACCGAGCCCCAAACGCUCCGUUUUUUCCCAUCGCGAAGCAAGCCCCGUGCCACACAGGAGUGAACAAGCUGUGCCGGCGGAACACGCUGCGAGAGGCUGCGCGGAGCAGAGCUUCUGGCCGGAGGCGGGAGGCGGACAGCCUGGCAGCCCCUGCUUGGUCUGGGUGGGAUAUGCUGAAAAUGCUGAGCUCUGCUUAGGCUGUGGACAUCAGUGCGCAUACCGACCUGUAAUUCUUGAGAAUAGAUAAGCAGUAAGAAGAGCACAACUGGUCACAGAGCACACCAUGGGUAUCUGUUUUCUUCUGUUAAUUGUAGGGGUUUGCUGGGCACAGUACAACCCCAACACUCAGGCUGGGAGGACUUCUAUUGUUCAUCUCUUUGAAUGGCGCUGGGCCGAUAUUGCUCUUGAGUGUGAACGCUAUUUAGCUCCUAAUGGAUUUGGAGGAGUUCAGAUCUCACCUCCAAAUGAAAACGUUAUUGUUGCUGACCCCUGGCAUCCAUGGUGGGAAAGAUACCAGCCAGUCAGCUACAAGCUCUGCACACGAUCUGGAAAUGAAACUGAAUUUAGAGACAUGGUGACCAGGUGCAACAGUGUUGGAGUGCAUAUUUAUGUGGAUGCGGUAAUCAACCAUAUGUGCGGAGGUACUGCUGGUGCUGGCAACCAUUCUACUUGUGGAAGCUAUUUCAAUGCAAAGACUGAAGACUUUCCAGCUGUGCCAUAUUCUGCUUGGGACUUUAAUGAUGGUAAAUGUAAAUCUGAAAGUGGAGACAUUGAGAACUAUCAUGAUGCAUCUCAGGUCCGAAACUGCCGCUUGGUUAAUCUUCUUGAUCUGGCCCUGGAGAAGGACUAUGUGCGCUCCAAAGUUGCAGAGUAUCUGAACUACCUCAUUGAUAUUGGUGUAGCAGGGUUCCGGAUUGAUGCUGCCAAGCAUAUGUGGCCAGAGGAUGUGAAGGCAAUUUUAGACAAGCUGAAAGACCUAAAUACUAAGUGGUUUUCUGCAGGAGCCAAACCUUUCAUUUAUCAGGAGGUAAUUGACUUGGGCGGCGAGCCAAUCACAGGCAGUGAAUACUUUGGAAAUGGCCGAGUGACCGAAUUCAAAUAUGGCGCAAAACUGGGGACAGUGAUCCGCAAGUGGAAUGGAGAAAAGAUGGCCUACUUAAAGAACUGGGGAGAAGGCUGGGGCUUUGCGCCUUCUGACAGAGCCCUGGUCUUUGUGGAUAACCAUGACAACCAGCGGGGGCACGGGGCUGGUGGAGCUUCCAUUCUCACCUUCUGGGACGCCAGGCUUUAUAAAAUGGCUGUUGGUUUCAUGUUGGCUCAUCCGUAUGGAUUCACACGUGUGAUGUCAAGUUAUCGUUGGACAAGAAAUUUUGUAAAUGGGAAGGACGUCAACGACUGGAUUGGACCACCUAGCAACUCGGAUGGAUCAACAAAGUCUGUUACAAUCAAUGCAGACACGACCUGUGGCAACGACUGGGUUUGUGAGCAUCGCUGGCGCCAAAUAAGGAACAUGGUUAUCUUCCGUAACGUGGCAGAUGGCCAGCCUUUCUCAAACUGGUGGGACAAUGGCAGCAAUCAAGUAGCUUUUGGCCGUGGCAAUAAAGGCUUCAUCGUCUUUAAUAAUGACGACUGGUACAUGAACGUCAAUUUGCAAACUGGUCUGCCUGCUGGUACCUACUGUGAUGUUAUUUCUGGACAAAAGGAGGGCAACGCGUGUACUGGAAAGCAGGUGUAUGUUUCUGGGGAUGGAACGGCUAACUUCCAGAUCAGUAACACUGAUGAAGAUCCAUUUGUUGCAAUUCAUGUUGAUGCCAAGUUAUAACUUCAAUCAGAAUUUGUUUCUCUCCUGUCGGUCUGUACGUAUGCUCUUUCCCCCAUUUGUGAUUCCCUGGUGUUCAAGAUCCUGUGACUCUCCGUUCCCAGUGAACAAUAAAUGGCAAUCAAACUGAA